AUGGCGCCCGGCCACACCGAUUGGUUUAAAAAAACAAAAGGACACGUGAUCACAGUAGACGAGCAGCACAGAUUAGAUCAAGGAAUUCCAAGGUAUAAGGCCAGCCCCAUCAGGACAAGGGGCUGCAUUCGAAGGCUGGCCAUCAAAAGGGCCCUGACGAGUACUGGUCCACAGCAGGAGUCUGCUACUUAUAUUGCAGCCAUGAACUUUAAGCACUGUUGUACCCAGAACCCAAGUGGUACAAUCAUGACCUUCUGCCCAACCAUGGAAGAAUUUAAAGAUUUCAACAAAUACAUUGAUUACAUAGAAUCCCAAGGUGCCCACCGAGCUGGCCUGGCUAAGAUAAUUCCGCCCAAGGAAUGGAAAGCCAGACAGACCUAUGAUGAUAUCAAUGACAUCUUAAUAGCCGCUCCUCUCCAGCAGGUGGCCUCUGGGCGAGCAGGUGUGUUUAUUCAGUACCACAAAAAGAAGAAAGCCAUGACAGUCGGGGAGUAUCGCCACUUGGCAAACAGUGGGAAACACCGGACUCCACCACACUUGGAUUUUGAGGAUUUGGAGCGGAAGUAUUGGAAAACCCGCCUCUACGAUUCGCCCAUAUAUGGCGCUGACAUCAGUGGCUCCUUGUUUGAUGCAAACACGAAACAGUGGAACCUUGGCCACCUGGGGACCAUUCAGGACUUGCUGGAGCAGGAGUGCGGAGUUGUCAUCGAAGGCGUCAACACACCCUACCUGUACUUUGGCAUGUGGAAGACCACCUUCGCUUGGCACACGGAGGACAUGGACCUUUACAGCAUCAACUACCUGCACUUCGGGGAGCCCAAAACUUGGUACGCGGUGCCCCCAGAGCACGGCCAGCGCCUGGAACGCCUGGCCAGGGAGCUUUUCCCGGGCAGUUCGCGGGGCUGUGAGGCCUUCCUGAGGCACAAGGUGGCUCUCAUCUCGCCCAGCGUCCUCAAGGAGAACGGGGUCCCUUUCUGUCGCAUCACCCAGGAGGCUGGAGAGUUCAUGGUGACGUUUCCCUACGGCUACCACGCUGGCUUCAAUCACGGCUUCAACUGCGCGGAGGCCAUCAAUUUCGCCACCCCGCGAUGGAUCGACUAUGGCAAAGUGGCCUCUCAGUGCAGCUGCGGGGAGGCCAGGGUGAGCUUCUCCAUGGACGCCUUCGUGCGCAUCCUGCAGCCCGAGCGCUAUGAGCUGUGGAAACGCGGGCAGGACCGGACUGUGGUGGACCACGUGGAGCCCACGGCUCCGGGCGGCCGGGACCUGAGCGCCUGGAGGAAGAGCUGGGCGGCCGGGAGGGCCGCGCUGGGCCUGAGGCACCUGCAGCCGCGCCGCGCCGCGCGCAACCCUCGCGCGGUGGGCCCGGGCGGUGCGCCCCGCCGCCGCGCCCCUGCGCGCCAGGCGUCCCUGCGCCCCUCGCUAGCCCGCGGUUCUGCCUCUGCCGCCCAGUGCGGAGCUGGCGCGGCCCGCUGCUCCUCGAAACCUGACCCCCUCUCGCCGCCAGUCCCGGGUCCACCUGCCCGGGAUCUCCAGCCCACUGGCAGACGUGGUCGUGGUCGCGGUCGCGGUCGUCGUCCUCGGGAACAGGGGACUCAAGAGCCGAUUGUUCAGGCCCGGGUCAAGAGGUGCCGCUCAGUGGGCACAGCGCGCACUGCUCAGGACCCCGAGGCCCAGCCUGUUCCUGCGGAUGGACUCUUGGUAGACAACCGGGAACCACGGAACCUUCGUUCCCUGCAUCCUGCGAGAGCUUUUGGGUGUUGUUGUGCUCCGGAUCUUCAACCCUUAGGGCCUCCAUUAGAUCCUGAUGAACCAAUGCACCCUGGCCCUUGCCUGCUCUCUCUGGACAAUAUUACAGCCAAUCUCCCUGACAUUGUCCCACUAACUCCCCCCAAUAUCAUUGGGACUGUGAGGUCAUCCCCCGAAGAUGCUGCUGGAAACUGCAAAACCAUUGUGAACCUUCUUGAAGGUGUAAGGAUGGACCACUCGUAUGCCUCUGUGGUCCUGGCCCCGGCUUCAGCUGUGGAAAGCUCUGGGGCCCCUGACUGUGAUCCCCUGGGGCUAAAGCUAGAGGCAGCUGCAUCUCUCGAGUCCUGGGACAUGUUCACCAGCAAUGGAUGGUCUUCAGUCUUUGAGCCUAUCACUGAUGAAUUUCUUGUCAAAUAUGGCUGUCUCUGA